GAGCGGGGCCGGCCGGGCUGGGCACGCCGCUAGGGCUGGGUAUGGCUCUCAGGACCACUAGGGUCGGUAGCAUCCAAGGUGGGCGACGUUUUCUCUUUGGGCCUCAGUUCCUGCGUCCAUAAAACGGGGCGAGAGCAGGGUCAGGGCAGCAUUCCCUGGGACCGGCGGGUCUGCGUCGACCUGCCCCAGCCUCAGGUUGGACCGGUCGACUCCAGGGAGGGAGGGUCGCCGCGAUGGACUCGCUGGCUGCACCCCCAGACCACCUGGUAGCGCAGCUGCUGUCACCGCGGACCCAGGCCCAGAGGCGGCUCAAGGACCUCGACAAGCAGUACGUGGGCUUCGCCACACUGCCCAACCAGGUGCACCGCAAGUCCGUCAAGAAGGGCUUUGACUUCACACUGAUGGUGGCAGGUGAGUCCGGCCUGGGCAAGUCCACGCUGGUUCAUAGCCUCUUCCUGACCGACUUGUACAAGGACCGGAAGCUGCUCAGUGCAGAGGAGCGCAUCAACCAGACAGUGGAGAUCCUGAAGCACACAGUGGACAUUGAGGAGAAGGGGGUCAAACUGAAGCUGACCAUUGUGGACACGCCAGGCUUUGGGGAUGCCGUCAACAACUCCGAGUGCUGGAAGCCCAUCACCGACUAUGUGGACCAGCAGUUUGAACAGUAUUUCCGGGAUGAGAGCGGCCUAAACCGUAAGAACAUUCAGGACAACCGGGUGCAUUGCUGCCUGUAUUUCAUCUCCCCCUUUGGGCAUGGGCUGCGGCCAGCAGAUGUGGGCUUCAUGAAGGCACUGCAUGAGAAAGUGAACAUCGUGCCUCUCAUCGCCAAGGCUGACUGUCUGGUCCCCAGCGAGAUCCGAAAGCUGAAGGAACGGAUCCGGGAGGAGAUUGACAAGUUUGGGAUCCAUGUGUACCAGUUCCCUGAGUGUGACUCAGAUGAGGAUGAGGAUUUCAAGCAGCAGGACCGGGAACUGAAGGAAAGUGUGCCCUUUGCGGUGAUCGGCAGCAACACGGUGGUGGAGGCCAAGGGGCAGCGGGUCCGGGGACGACUAUACCCCUGGGGGAUCGUGGAAGUGGAGAACCAGGCGCACUGCGACUUCGUGAAGCUGAGAAACAUGCUCAUUCGCACGCACAUGCACGACCUCAAGGACGUGACUUGCGACGUGCACUACGAGAACUACCGAGCGCACUGCAUUCAGCAGAUGACUAGCAAACUGACCCAGGACAGCCGUAUUGAGAGUCCCAUCCCCAUCCUGCCGCUGCCCACUCCUGAUGCGGAGACCGAGAAGCUUAUCCGGAUGAAGGAUGAGGAGCUGAGGCGCAUGCAGGAGAUGCUGCAGAAGAUGAAGCAGCAAAUGCAGGACCAGUGACCCCAACCCACUUCAGGACGCCAGGGAGAGACAGUUCAUCCCUAGGCCAGCCCCUCCUACUCCUACACUUGACCUUGGAUUUGCUGGAUCAGACUGGCCGUGACCUAACCCCCAUCUCUGAGUGGCGGGAUCCUGGACAGCGUUACCUACUUGGCCCAGGGACUAGCCCACAUUCCCCAGCCACCCCUAAUUUAUUCUCAGUGCCCAUCCUCCCCACCCCCACCAUCUGCCUCCAAGGGGCCCUAGACAACAGUCCAAAACCAGCCCCCUCUGGUGUUGGGGAUCCCCAUCCUGUUCAGACGGGCAAACCAAGACAGAAAAGGGGGCCAGAGUUCCAGGGUCCUGGUCACUUCCCCACCCCAGCCCCAUUGCCGCAGAGCGGACUUGGGGGUCCUGCUGCCUAGAUUCCACUUGUACCUAAGUGGGCGGUUCUACCUGACCAUCUCACCCCUGCACCAGGAAUCCCAGAGCCAAGGGUUGGGCAGCUGGAACCAUGGGAACUUCUCCAAAUGACUGGGGACAAGGAGCAUGCUGAGCUGGCUCCGGUGCUCAGCCGCUCUCCCAUGCUAUGCUGGGCCCAAAGACUGCAGAAGUGGGCAAUUGGGGACCCCAUCCUGGGACCUCCCAUGCCUAGACAGCAGGGCCACUGCCCCUCGAAGCCCCUCCUCCCCAGCAACACAAACGGGGGUCCCUGCUGUCACUCCCAGAGCCUGAGCCCUUGGCUUCCCGCCCUCUCCUCCCGCAUGAUCCCCCGCCCUCUCUCCCACACUCCGUUUUGUUCCAUGUGAAUGCCACGUCCUGUCCUGGUGACAGGGAACAAUGUUGGUGACCAUC